AUGCAGGCGUUCCUGAGGACGUAUCAGUCAGCUGUCGGAAAAGUGAGCGAGAUUUUGGCUGGAGAGGAGGGUGACGUGACAGAAGUGCAGUGGGGAGGUACAGCUAAGAACGAUAAAGAAGAAGUUAUGACUGACAAGAAUGGCGAGAGUUGCCGUGGAAUGAAAAUGAGACGAACCAAGAGAUCGAUAAUACUGCUGCAGAAGAUGAUGCUGAUCAUGGCGAGGGAGAUGCAUGUAAUCGCAGCUUUGAGUGUACAGCGGUGUGAUCGAAGGUAUGGGGUUGAACUGCUCUUGUUCACUUGGGGCAAUUGUGACUUUGUCGUGGCACUGACAAAAAAGCAAUAA